AUGGAGUUUAGCUCUGCUUUGUGGCUUCAUCAAUGCGCAAACUCUCUCUACUUGUGAGAACGAGUGAGUGAAUGAAUGCAAUGUGAAUAGUACGGCUAUUAAGGAAAGGCUUUUUUAGAUUCAGAGCAUCGACUUCCACAACUUCGCCUGAUGAAAAAGAUCAAUUAUUACACUAUCACUAAGAAAAUUACACUAUCACUAAGAAACUGAAAAAUCGUUCGUUGUAAGCUUCUACUUCAUCAUACAAGCACUACUUGCUUCAUCUACAACUUCAACAAGAGCAAGAAGAUGCCGACGAUUGAGAAUGAUGUAAAGUUGGACUUCAAGGACGUCCUCAUACGUCCAAAGCGGUCCUUUUUGAGUUCGCGAUCUCAGGUUUCCGUGGACCGCAGCUUUACCUUCAAACACUCGAAGGCCCAAUGGACUGGUGUGCCGAUAAUAUUAUGACCUCGAGGACAAUGGACGACUGGUGUGCCGAUAGUAAUGUCAACUUCGAAUGUACUAGAUCAACUUCGACUAGAAGAAAUAGAACAAGGACGACUAUCAAUUACGUUUACGAAGUACUAGGCAUUAACUAGUCCUAGUGUGUCACCCACCAUAACUAAAAAGCGUAAGAAUGAAUGAAAGGACGACAAGGUGGUAGUAACGGACUUAGUAUGAUGAACUUCUAAGAAUCGCUGCCAACAUGGAUACGGUCGGUACGUUCGAAAUGGCGAAUGUUCUCGCAGCUCGUAAAGUCAUUACCGCGGUACACAAGCACUAUACUGUGGCGGAAUGGUAGUUGUUUCACUACGACCACUUGCAGGUGAACCACUUUGUAUUGCUACAAAGUUGUGACUCGUCGUGGCGUAGGUCAACGAUACAUGCAAAUUCGUUUGCUUGAUUUCCACCACAAAUUCAAAUGAAGAGGCACUCUAUAAAACAACCAAAAAUAGCGAUUGUUAAAGAAUUCAACAAACUCCUCCAAGAAACAAACAAAAUCAAUUGCGAUUGCUCGUCGAAUGAAUAAAAGACUUGACCUCGUCUAGGUCUACAACAUGAACAUUACUGGAGGAACUCGUCUCCAACAUCAACAUUUUUUACGUCGUGCUUAGUACUGCUUACGUCAUCUUACAGGGAACGUUUUGUCGCUGACAAGGAUGCAGAUUUCUGCAAGUAUAUCGCAGCUUCGACCGGAAUUAGUGCCGCCGAUAUGCAGAAGCUGGAUUCGAUAUUGAAGGCAGUUCCAAAGAUUCGUUUCAUCUGCAUAGACGUUGCAAAUGGGUACGCAGAGCCAUUCGUGAACUUCAUCCGCGAUGCGCGAAAAAAGUAUCGAUCACUGCUCAGUUGUAACUGGUUUGCAAGUAUUGAAUUUGAACAAUAGUGGAACGAUGAUGAUUUUGUCGUGGCCAAAAGAGCAUAUCAAGAAGAACUUCGAAUUUCCUCUGGGCCGUCGAGACAAGCGAUCAACAAAAAUGUAUGCGUUGUAACUACGUACAGGGAAAUCUUCAGUAUCAAAUCCUAGGUAUCCGGGCCACACAAUAAUUGCGGGAAACGUGGUUACGCAGGAGAUGACGGAAGAACUGAUUAUGAGUGGCGCUGACAUUGUCAAGGUCGGAAUCGGACCAGGGUCCGUGUGCACAACCAGAAAACAGACCGGCGUCGGUUAUCCCCAGCUCUCUGCUGUGAUGGAGUGCGCUGAUGCUGCGCACGGAUUGGGAGGACGCAUAGUCUCUGACGGGGGUUGCACAUGCCCAGGAGAUCUUGCGAAAGCAUUUGGCGCCGGGGCCGAUUUCGUCAUGCUUGGCGGGAUGUUGGCAGGCCACGAUGAAAGCGGUGGAACUGUCACAGAAAGUUCGCCCGGUAACAGAUUCAGAUAGUGAUUAGCUCAUCAGGUCUCGAUCAUUGUAAUUUGCGUGUUCAGGGAUUCGAAGCAACAAGUAGCUCGAGGUUUUCCGCACCAUUGUUUAUUUUUUUCUCCUAAUAUCUCUUUGUCCAUCAGGUGUCUUCCACAAGAUCUUCUAUGGGAUGUCAUCGGAUACGGCAAUGCAAAAGCAUGCUGGCGGUGUCGCGGAGUACCGAAGUUCGGAGGGCAAGACCGUUCGUGUCCCAUAUCGCGGACCUGUGCAGAGCACCAUACAGGACAUCCUAGGAGGCUUGCGCUCCGCAUGCACGUAUUAAGGCUAGCGACGAUACCAAUAGAUUCAUCUCGUUGGUUUUUGCGUUGUUCUUUUUCGCAGAAUUUCUCGAAUUCCUACCUUUCAGAUGCUUGAAUGAUACAGUUUUCUCUUUCUCUUUGUAAUUGAAAUACUGAUUAAACAUCAUCCAUUUCCAUGCAUUGUUUUAUGGUAUAAGUAGCUAGUUGUAGCAGGAACAUGAACAUGAACAUGAAGCGGAGAGUUUAUCUAAGCAUUCGUAGGAGCGAAGGAGCUUCGGGAGCUUUCAAGGCGGACCAGCUUUAUUCGCGUGUCUCAACAGCUAAACCCCGUUUUCACGGAGUCGCAGAAAGUUGAGAAACCACCAGAACCAGAGGCGAAAAGACAGAAGACGGGGUGAGAAAAAGACAUUGCUUCUUCAGAUUAAGUAGGAGUGAUUCUAGUUGGUGGAGUGAUCAUAUUCGCAGAUUUUUUUUGGACGCUGACCACGGUCAGCGUACCCGUCGUAGACAAUGGGAAGACGUACCGUCGGCUUUUAGGCUAAUCUGAAGGCAUGAUCUCCAUUUUGGUCGUCUAUCAUGUACAUGUAGUCCUACACCUUGCUCUAGUUGUAGAUGAACAAUCAAAGAUCGCAGCAUGGCACUCAUAGAUGAGCACGCUCCUGUUGGUAUCACGAUGUAUUAUACCGCAUUCCGUUUAGUAUUAAUGGCACUUAGACGACCAGAAGAAACGAGACCUCACGUGUGAAAGUGUCAAAAAUGAGUAUGCUUUUUGAAGGUGUAUCAUAAAGUUAAAGCCGGGCGCGUUACACCAGGUGGAGCGAUAUGGUCCUCCACGAUAUCUUACCAACAGCUGGAGCCAUACCUGGAUGUGGUCAGUGAAACGCUGAAUUAUGGUCAUGCACGAAUGACACCUCGGUAAGCUGCCCGUCUUCAUUCCUCGAACCCACAAGAAAAGUGUUGCGACUGUAUAAGUCAUAUGUGAUCAUGAUCCCGACUUAAACUACUCCUGUGCCACGACUGCGUG